CAACCUCUAAUAUAGGCGCCAGCACCGCUUUCAGGUGAAGUACUGCACAUUCUUCUGCUUCUCGGAGCAUCUCAAGCAUGACCAAAACCCAUCGAAAGGCAGCUACAAGCUCAGUGGAUGCAUUCGAUAGACACUACGUUGCUAUAUGGGGUGAAGAAAGAUGGCAGAAAUCACUGCGGCCAGCGCUAGAGCAGCCGACCAGAUAUGCUUGCCUCCUGAACCGAUAUGUGCCCUUGGAAGCCUCAAAAGAGAAGCUCAGCCAUCCUAGCACUGAAGAAGUCCCCCUUCAUCUCCCGAAAGCGAGCGAUAGAGAAGCAACAAAUGUUCUGCUCCCAAAUCUUGUAGCUCGCUAUGCUAAGUCUGCAGACGGUCCAAGUUCUGUGCCAUCCAGCGAGCCAUUUCCAGCACCAAUACCGGUGGCAGGUCAGUUGUAUUCGCAUUGGAAUCUCGAUGCUGCAUCUUCCCUGGUAGCGCAUCUCUUGGACGUUCAGCAGGGUGAGAAUGUCCUCGAUCUAUGCGCAGCCCCUGGAGGCAAGUCUGUCAGCUUGGCACAGAACAUCUGGGCACACUACCACGCCGACGAUUCCGAUGCAAAGUCCAAAGCUUUGCAGGAGAAGCGCCUGCAACUAGGUACUCUCCACUCCAAUGAAGCCGACACUCCACGACAACGCCGGUUGGCAGAGAACCUGCGAGCAUAUCUGCCCAAGGCUCUCUUCGAUUCACAGAGAGUGGUGACUUUACGUGUAGACGGAACAAGUCCGAAGGCGCACUACGAGCUGGUCGUCAAGACAUCUGAUGGGACUGUGAAUUACGACAAGGUCUUGGUCGAUGCGCCUUGUUCGUCAGAACGGCACAUCAUUCACGCACAUGCCAAUGCCAGGCUGGGUGGUCGUGAGGCACCCGAGAUGGCGAAUUGGCGACCUGGGUCUUCUAAACGCCUGGCUGAGACACAGUUGAAGUUGCUGAUGACUGGCCUGCGGGUAGCAAAAGUCGGCGCCACGAUCAUGUAUGCCACAUGCUCGAUUGAGCCGACCGAGAACGAUGGGGUCAUCGAGAAGAUGCUGUCUCAAGUGGAAAAAGAGCGAAAGAAGGGCGUGAAGUGGUCUGUCAAGGUCGGCCUUCGCGCUGGCACUGGCGAUGAUGUGCUUGAAGCUGAGCUCGAAAAGAACUGGGCCGAAAGGACGAAGCACGGCUGGAUUGUGCUGCCCGAUCAUCCUGGCGGGGGCAAAUGGGGUCCGCUUUUCUUCGCUGUCUUGACCAAGGUCGUACAGUGAUGUCUUGGGCCAAGGACAGACGCUUCGGCUGAAUGAAGACAGAUAUCGGACGGAGAGCACUCCAUACUGCCUCUUCACUCUUGUGUCCAGCUGAGCAAAGAGGUGACUAUAAACUGGCUCCGGCACGAAAAAUGUGUUCACGAAAGACUGUAUAGGCCAUUGUUGCUCUCCUUGAGAUCCAUCAAUUACCGACAGCAGUGAUGCCGAAGAUGCUGUGGUCAAUACUGUCACUCAACGAUCUGUUCUUGCAAUCGAAGAAAUGCAUUCUGUGCACCAUCGCCAGGCAGCAUCGGCAUGUUUACCGAGAGAACCCCACGAGACAGGACAAGUGGUGUUCCGAUUUGCCGCCCAGGACAUACACUGUGCAGCAUGAGUCGCGCCACAUCCAAUCGCAGGCGCCUCUCUUCCACUCCUCCAUCACGUGGAUACACAGCUGAAGGAUUGUGGCUCCCU